AUGUCACUGAUCCCAAGAAUCUUCGGCGAUCGAAGAAGCAGCAGCAUGUUUGAUCCAUUCUCAAUGGACGUGUUCGAUUCGUUCAAGGAACUAGGCUUCCCAGUUUCCAAUUCAGGAGAGACCUCUGCAUUUGCGAACACUCGAGUCGACUGGAAGGAAACUCCAGAAGCUCAUGUGUUCAAGGCCGAUCUUCCAGGGCUUAAAAAGGAGGAAGUGAAAGUGGAGAUCGAAGAAGAUAGGGUUCUUCAAAUUAGCGGAGAGAGGAAUGUGGAGAAAGAAGAUAAGAAUGAUAAGUGGCAUCGCGUGGAACGCAGCAGUGGGAAAUUCAUGAGAAGAUUUAGACUUCCGGAGAAUGCGAAGAUGGAUCAAGUUAAGGCUUCGAUGGAGAAUGGAGUGCUUACUGUUACUGUUCCAAAGGAACAAGUGAAGAAGCCUGAUGUCAAGUCCAUUGAGAUCUCUGGUUAA